AAUCAUGUUACAUAGUAUGAGAUGUGUCCACAGCCUCCACCAGCACUCAUGGGAAAAACACCUGAAGAAAAAAACAUGUGGUCUUUGUAGCCCUGCAUCAUGGCGAAACAUACGAGAUGUGUCCACCAUGUCCAUGCUUUCCUUCUCAUACUCGUGCACACCUGCCUUGCGGCCUCGACGUCCCGCUUGCGUUGCCCGGCCGACCAGACCGCCGCGCUGCUUCGGCUGAAACGCUCCUUCCAGGAUCCACUCCUCUUGCCGAGCUGGCACGCGCGCAAGGACUGCUGCCAAUGGGAGGGCGUCUCAUGUGACGCUGGCAACGCCUCAGGGGCCCUGGUCGCCGCGCUCAACCUCAGCAGCAAAGGCCUGGAGAGCCCCGGCGGCCUCGACGGCGCGCUGUUCCAGCUUUCCUCGCUCCGGCACCUAAACCUCGCCGGCAACGACUUUGGCGGCGCCAGCCUCCCGGCAUCCGGGUUCGAACAGCUCACCGAGCUCACCCACCUCAACCUCUCAAACGCCGGCUUCGCCGGCCAAAUACCUGCUGGUUUCGGCAGCCUAACAAAGCUCAUGUCCCUCGAUCUCUCGUACAACCAGGGAUACACCUCUGGUUUGUUCGGGGCGAUCCCCGAGUACUUUGCCGACUUCCGCUCGUUGGCCAUCCUUCAGCUCUCCAACAAUAACUUCAAUGGAUUGUUCCCUCGAGGGAUUUUCCAGCUGAAGAACCUAAGGGUGCUUGACCUGUCGAGCAACCCCAUGCUGUCAGGCGUCUUGCCGACGGAUCUCCCUGCCCGGAGUUCCUUGGAGGUUCUGCGCCUGAGUGAAACUAAAUUUAGUGGUGCAAUACCGAGCUCCAUCAGUAACCUGAAGCAUCUGAACACUCUGGACAUCAGAGAUAGCACCGGCCGUUUUUCCGGGGGGCUUCCUGUUUCGAUCAGUGAUAUUAAAUCUCUGAGCUUUCUGGAUCUGAGCAACAGCGGGCUUCAAAUUGGCGUGUUGCCGGAUGCAAUCGGCAGGCUGCAGCCCUUGUCCACCCUGCGGCUGCGGGACUGCGGCAUCUCAGGUGCAAUACCGUCAUCCAUUGAGAACCUCACACGCUUGAGCGAGUUGGACCUGUCGCAGAACAAUCUCACCGGAGUAAUACCCAUGUAUAACAAAAGAGCAUUUCUGAACCUAGAGAACCUGCAGCUAUGUUGCAACUCCCUUUCAGGGCCAAUUCCAGGCUUUCUGUUCUCACUCCCUCGACUGGAAUUCGUGUCGCUUAUGUCCAACAAUCUAGCUGGUAAGAUCCAAGAAUUCUCCGAUCCUUCUACGUCGCUAGCAUCCAUUUACCUGAACUACAACCAGUUAAAUGGAACAAUACCCAAUUCUUUCUUUAGGCUCAUGAGUUUGGAGACUCUCGAUCUAUCUAGAAAUGGUUUGACCGGGGCAGUGCACCUUAGCUUAUUUUGGAGGCUGACAAAUUUAAGUAACCUCUGCCUAUCAGCUAAUAAACUAACGGUGAUAGUAGACGAUGAAGAAUACAACACUUCUUUGUCUCCAUCGAUCCCUCCAAUCAACAGUCUGGGGUUAGCCUGCUGCAAUAUGACCAAGAUCCCUUCCAUACUGAAGUAUGUCGUGGUCGGUGACCUUGACCUCUCGUGCAACCAAAUUGGUGGCUCUGUACCUAAAUGGAUAUGGGCAAGCCAGAAUGAGGAUAUAGAUGUGUUCAAACUCAACCUUUCACGCAAUAUGUUUACUGGCAUGGAGCUGCCUUUGGCUAAUGCCAACGUAUACUAUCUUGACCUCAGCUUCAACAACCUUCCAGGGUCCAUUCCCAUCCCCAUGUCUCCGCAGUUCCUAGAUUACUCAAACAAUCGAUUCUCAUCCAUCCCACGGGAUCUGAUUCCACGACUGAAUAGUUCUUUCUAUCUAAACAUGGCCAACAAUACACUGCGUGGAAGCAUUCCGCCUAUGAUCUGUAAUGCAAGCAGUCUCCAGUUACUUGACCUAUCUUACAACAAUUUCAGUGGCCGUGUUCCAUCUUGCCUCGUAGAUGGGCGCCUAACCAUCCUGAAGUUGAGAUAUAACCAAUUUGAGGGGACGUUGCCUGAUGGCAUCCAAGGGAGAUGUGUUUCCCAAACGAUAGAUUUGAAUGGGAAUCAGAUGGAGGGACAGCUGCCUAGAUCCCUCUCCAAGUGCAAUGAUUUGGAGGUCUUUGAUGUUGGGGGCAACAAUUUCGUAGACUCUUUUCCAACCUGGCUGGGAAAUCUGACAAAGCUUAGAGUUCUUGUGUUAAGAUCCAACAAAUUAUCUGGCCCGGUUGGGGAGAUUCCUGCCAACUUCUCGAGCUUGCAAAUUCUUGAUCUUGCCUUGAACAACUUCUCCGGCAGUCUGCAUCCACAAUGGUUUGAGAACCUGACCGCAAUGAUGGUCGCCGAAAAGAGCAUCGACGCAAGGCAGGCCUUGGAGAACAACCUCGCAGGCAAGUUCUAUCGAGACACGGUUGUGGUCACGUACAAGGGAACAACAAGGUCAUUCGGCAGGAUCUUGGUCGCCUUCACGGUUAUUGACUUCUCUGCGAACGCGUUCACCGGAAGCAUCCCGGAAUUGAUCGGAGGGCUUGCUUCGCUGCGUGGGCUCAACAUGUCGCACAACUCCUUAACGGGGAUGAUUCCUCCGCAGCUUGGUCGCCUGACACAGCUUGAAUCGCUAGACCUCUCCUCGAACCAGCUCCACGGAGUGAUCCCCGAGGCGUUGACGUCUCUGACUUCCCUUGCCUGGCUGAACGUCUCCAGCAAUCAGCUGGAGGGGACCAUACCCCAGAGAGGACAGUUCCUGACAUUUACCGCCGAUUCUUUCCAAGGGAAUGCAGGGUUAUGUGGUAUGCCAUUGCCAAAACAGUGCGAUCCAAGGGUCCAUUCCUCGGAGCAAGACGACAAUUCGAAGGAUAGGGUUGGGACUAUUGUGUUAUAUCUUGUCGUUGGAUCGGGGUAUGGUCUGGGAUUUGCCAUGGCGAUUCUGUUCCAGCUGCUAUGCAAAGGCAAGAGGUGGGGCUGGAACUCAAGAAUGAUCAUCUCAACAUCUGGCAGACAUUGUUGUUCAUAGAUCGAUUCCGUUAUAUAAUCUAGUACAACAAAAGUAAGUAGUGUAGUUUUUUUUUUCCUUGAACUAUCAACACAGUAAUAAUCUUGUUGCACCAAAUGAACAUUUUAUGUAUCUAUUUUUUCUUUAAAACUGAGCUGCAUUGUUGUAAUAUGUCUCUUCGAAUAAUUGAAUACAAUAAGUGGUGUAAAUUUAUCUUCUUGA